UUUGAGGAUCAGGCCAAGGCAAAAGCUGCGGGGGAUGACGAAGCCAUGUUCAUUGACGAAAACUUCUGCACCGCGCUGGAGUACGGCCUCCCUCCUACAGCUGGCUGGGGCAUGGGAAUUGAUCGCUUCACCAUGUUCCUCACAGAUUCUAAUAACAUCAAGGAGGUGCUUCUCUUCCCUGCCAUGAAGCCAGAGGACAGCAAGAAGGAGGCGCAGCCUGACCAGCCUGCUGAAGGCACCUCUGUGUGAGCCCCACCCUCCCAAUAAAGGAGUGCACCCUCCCGCUCGUGUCUGU